AUCUAUCAGCGUAAUCAUCUAUCCCCUCUUACCGUUUCAUUGUGAUUCCGCAACCGUCCUUCAAAUUCCGGCCACCGGAGACCUCUCUACCGGUUUCCCGACCGGCGGACCCAUCUGCAAUAUAUCUUCUCUCUACGGUUUCUGUUCGAUCUCUCACCAGAUCCCUUCCUAGGGUUUCCGUGACACUAUGACUCUUUCGGAUGACGAGGACGUAAACCUAGCUCACUUUCUCGAAUCAGAAGUCCUCUCCGAGGUCUCUGACCAGGAAGAGGAAAAUGUGGAGGAACCCAAAGCAAAGAGAAAGCGCGUAGAGGAGGCUGAGAGUUCUAAGCAGGUUGCUAAACAAAUUUCUAGUUCAUCAUCUGUGCCUAAAAACUAUGGUGUCGAUAAUGGCAUGGUGUCGAGAAGGAUUGAGACUGGUUUUUUCAGCAAAAUCCCGCCUGAGCUUUUCCAUCAUAUCCUUAAAUUUCUGUCCUCUGAGGACCUUAUUUCUUGUUCCUCAGUCUGUAGGUUUCUAAAUUAUGCGGCAUCUGAUGAAGCAUUGUGGCGUCGCUUGUACUGUAUGCGAUGGGGUCUUCUCCCCCCUACAAGGAAAUUAAGGGAACGCCCAUGGAAAAAGUUAUACAUUCAGCGUGAUGGAGAGGACAUGGUUGAACUUGUCAGAAACUGCCAAAAUGAGUUUAAGGAGUAUUACAUUCAAAUGCAAGCAGCGAAACGAAGUCAAACACCUCAUCCUUCACAGUUGAAGGAUGACAGGAUAAUUCUUGACAAAACAUUAGCUGAUCAAGUGUCAUCAUGGAAAAGCAGCAGGGGCCUCACUGAUACAGUGGUGCCUGAUCAUGCUUGUUCUGGGGAAACUUGCUCUUACUACGAAAUUGGAGAUGUAUUUAUUUGUGAGAAGACUGGACAAGUUCAUGUUUGUGAUGAUACAUGUAGAGAAGUAAUUAUGGAUCCUACCAAUGAGCUUUUGGUCUGUACAAUAUCGGGGCACUGUUUUGAUAGAUUACUGUCACCUGCUGAAAUGGAGCCCGAUGCUGAGCAGCAGCAAGGUGGUGUGACAGAUGAGGCAGAGCCAUUUAUGGGAUCUGGCCGUUUUGCACGAGCUUAUUUGCUGGGAUACAAUUGUGCUGAUGAAAAGGAGCUUGAAGCUACUUUGAGGUUUUGCUAAUCCCCACUUUGAGCUCUUUCGGAGUCGAUGAUCUCAUGUCUCAUCAUUUACCUAUUUAACAUUAAAUAUAUCUGCUUUCUUUUUCAGUUUCACUUGACAUAAGAAUAUUUGCUUAGUCUUGUAUUAUAAGACUGCGCCUUCGUCUAUUUGUCUGUUAUGUUAUUAUUCAUGUUUUAAUGUAUAGUUGAAUUCCA